AUGUCCAACCUAAAUAAAGAUAUUCUUUACUUAAUAUUCGAACAAUUACAUGAUGAUAAAAAGUCACUUUUUUCAUGCCUUUUAGUUAAUAAUACUUGGUGUGAAACAAUUAUUCCAAUUUUAUGGAGAAAUCCUUGGAAAUCGAAUUUAAAAAAAGAGAAUGAAACGUUAUUAUUAAACGUGAUAAUUUCACAUUUAUCAAAUGUAUCAAGAAAUAAAAUAGGAAGACAUAAAUUAUUAACAAAUUCUUAUCAAGAACCUUUAUUUGAUUAUAUAAGUUAUUGUAGACAUUUAAAUUUAGAUGAAAUUCUUAGAAUUAUUAAUAAUAAUAUUCAAACUAAAAUAUUAAAAGUUCAAGAAGAAAUAUUAAAUCGUUUCAUUAAUGAAAAUACGAAAUUUACUCACCUUUAUAUAAAUCGUAGAUUUAAUUAUCCAAUACAACUUGUUCAUGGAGCUGAACAUUGUCUUUCAAGAAUUGAAUUUCUUAGUUGUUGUACGAGCAUUAAUGAUAAUAUUUUAUCUAAAUUAAUAGAAGCAUGUAAAUCAAUUAAGGAAUUGGAACUUAAUAUCGAUAGUAACAAUUAUGGGAUUAUUAGAUUGAUCGAAGCUCAAAGAAAAUUACUUAAUAUUUAUUUAGUUCGUUCUUCAUAUAAUAAUGAAUCAUAUUAUAAAAAUAUUGAAAAUUCAUUAAUUAAACAUGCAAAUACCAUACAAUAUUACAAAAUUACUGAACGACCCUCAAUAAAACUUCUUUCAUCUUUUAUAAAUUUAAAUAUAUUAGAAUUGGAUGGUAGUAACAAUAUUUUGGAUUGGAAUUGUUUGGAAAAUAUAUCUUUUCCUUUUUUACAAAUUUUAAAAUCUAGUGGAGUUCCUGUUCAAGCUUUAACAAAUUUAAUUAAAAAUACAAAUGGAUUUCUUAUUGAAAUAAAAAUAGAUUAUAUAAGUCAUAAUCAGACUAAUAAUAAGAAAAUUAUUCAAGCUAUUUAUCAAAAUUGUCCAAAUCUUAAAUAUCUUAAAUUAGUAUUUAGAAAUUGUAACAUCUCAGAAUUAAAAAUGUUAUUAAUUACUUGUCAAUAUUUAAAUGGAUUAUAUAUACUUAUUGAUAGUUAUCAAGAUAAUACAUUUGAUUGGGAUGGGUUAUUUGAAAUAUUAACUAAAUCUUCAUCAAAUGGUUUGUUUAAAUUUAAAAUUUAUUCUUAUGCGGUACCAAUAUUAAAAUCUUUAGAAUUAUUUUUUAAUAGCUGGAAGGGAAGACGUCCUAUGCUAUUACAAAUCAUUUCAGUUAAAGAUAUAGAUUUAGAAAUGAUAAAAAGAUACAAAAAAGAAGGAAUAAUUAAAAAAUACGACUUUUAUUUGGUGUACACAAAACGCACUAUUGAAGAUUUUGAAUGGAAUUAAUAUUAUUGGUGGUAUUUCUUUAUUCAAUGUAUUGGAAAAGUUAUGAAAUUUAUAUUUAUUAAUAAAAGAUUUUAAGAAACAUUUUCCUCUUUAAGUUAGGGUAUCAUACAUGUUUCAUUUAUAUGUUUUAGGUGCUUUCGGUUUCAUUUCGGUUCGGGAUAAGUUUCGGCAAAUUUUUCUUAACGGACUGUAUAUUGAAUAAUUUGCUUUUUGACAUCAUAACGUCAUCUUUAUGUAAAAUAAAUUAGAUUUUAUUUAUAGUAAAUAAAUAAAUA